GGCAGGCCGCAAACACAACACCCAACCAUCCUGCAUUAUUUAAGGACUCACAGCGCACAUUAAUUAAUUAACCACAUUUAGUCCAUAUAGCAUGGCAUCCUCAUUCUUUCUUCAUCCCAUCUCCUUAUUCUCACGGGCUGCAGCCUUUGUUUCUUUUUACGCUACCUGUACCAUUAUCGCUAUCUUUCUAGUAGUGUCAUCUUCGUUAGUUUUGGAAACAGAAGUGAAGACUCUCCUUGAUAGUGGAUGGUGGAACUCCACCGCAACCGCAGGCAACAACACCCCCGACUUUGGUUCCCGUUUAGUUCACUGCUUGUGGGGUGGCAUAACGUGUAAUGACGCUGGUAAUAUCACUGAAAUUUCCCUUCCUUAUUCUAUCCCCGACCUAAAUUUGAACCCUCGCACGAUUAACUUCUCUUCUUUUCCAUACCUGGAACGUCUGGAUCUCAGUGGGAAUGAUCUCCAUGGGAGUAUUCCUUACACGAUUGGUGCUCUACAGAAGCUCAAGUACCUCAAUCUUUCCGAUAAUUUUCUUUCUGAUGAGUUGCCACCUUUUUCCUUCUCUAACCUCACCCAACUAGUGGAGCUCGAUCUUUCUCACAAUGCAUUCAGUGUCUCCAUUCUCUCACUCAUGGGAAAUUUGACAAAUUUAAUUUCUCUAAAUCUCAGUGACAACAGUCUUGCAGGACCAAUCCCUUCGUCCCUUGCUCUCUUGAAGAACCUAAAGGAGCUGCACUUGGGUUCUAACAACCUCGUUGGUCCACUCCCUUCUUCUUUGGGCGAUUUAACGAAUUUGACAUCUCUAUUCAUAUAUAGUAAUCAUAUCGAUGGUUCAAUCCCACCAGAGAUCGAAAGUUUGAAGAAGUUGGAGCAUCUAGACUUGGGUUUUAACAAGUUCCUCGCUCCAAUUGCUCCUCUAUGUCAUUUGAUUAGUUUGAAGACUCUUCAACUCCAUUCUAACCAAUUAAGUGGUUCCAUCCCUCCACAAAUAGGGAAUUUGAAGAAUUUGGAGGAGUUAUUCCUUGAAAACAACAUGCUGGUAGGUCUAAUUGCUCCCCUAAGUCAUUUGAAAAAUUUGAACUUUUUGUCCAUUCAUAAUAAUAGACUCACUGGCCCAGUCCCUUCAGCCUUUGCUCGUCUAACCAAUUUGACAUACUUCGACCUUUCCUCAAAUAAACUCAAUGGUACCAUACCACAAGAGCUUACCCAAUUAACCCAACUUGAGUACCUUAAUCUAUCUUCGAACCAACUUAUUGGCGAAAUACCAAGAAAAAUGGGAGGACUUUGGAAUCUUGUUUGUCUAGACUUCUCACAAAAUGACCUCAGCGGGCAUGUCCCAAGUGAUCUGAAAAAUUGCUCCAAAUUAGAAAUGCUGCUAUUGAGUAGAAAUUUUUUAAGUGGAUCUAUUCCAUUGUGGAUUGAAGAACUUCAAAAUUUAUCUACUCUUGACCUUAGUCAUAACAUAAUAAGUGGAGGGUUACCUUUGAAACUCAAAUAUCUGAAACCUUACGUUGUCUGGAAUCUCUCCUAUAAUAAGAUCUCUGGAACCCUUCCAUCUUAUUUUUGUGAUUCAAUUUUCAUUGACUUAUCGUAUAAUGCCCUCAAUGGACCAAUAGAUGAUUGUUGGUUUAAUUAUAAUGAAUACAUGCAACUAAUUGGCAACAAAAAUUUGUGUGGUAAGAUGAGACCUUUCCUUCCCUGCCUUCCAUUCCCUGCACCCAUUGGCUUCAUGUACAAAACAAGGAGAAAUAUAGGAAGACACCAAAAGUCCAUUUUUAUUCCCAUCGGCAUAUUCCUAUCUUUCCUUGCUCUUGGAUUUGUUUUCCUAUCUCAUCGAAAGGGAAAGAAUACAAAAAAUGAAGCAAGUGUCAUUAAGAAUGGAGACAUAUUUUCAAUAUGGAAUUAUGAUGGUAGGAUUGCAUAUGAAGACAUUAUUGAAGCAACAGAGGACUUCGACAUCAGAUACUGCAUCGGGACAGGAGGUUACGGUAGUGUUUAUAAAGCACAAUUGCCUAGUGGGAAAGUGGUUGCUUUAAAGAAACUUCACCAUUUGGAAGCUGAGGAGCCUGCAUUUGAUAAUAGUUUUAGGAAUGAGGUUCACAUGUUAACCCAUAUUCGACAUCGAAACAUUGUGAAGCUUCAUGGAUUUUGUCUACAUAGACGAUGCAUGUUUUUGAUUUAUGAGUACAUGGAAAGGGGGAGCUUGUUUUGUGCCUUGAGGGAUGAUGAUGAAGCAAUGAAGUUAGAUUGGAUUAAGCGCAUCAACAUUGUUAAGGCAACAGCAUAUGCUCUAUCUUACAUGCACCAUGAUUGCAUCCCACCGAUUGUUCAUCGAGACAUAUCAAGUAGCAACCUUCUUUUGAACUCUCAAUUUGAGGCUUUAGUCUCAGACUUUGGUACUGCUAGGCUAUUGUACCCCGAUUCAUCCAAUCGAACAAUAGUUGCAGGCACUUAUGGAUAUAUUGCACCAGAAUUUUCUUAUUCCAUGGUUGUUACGGAAAAGUGUGAUGUUUACAGCUUUGGGGUGGUGGCACUCGAAAUAAUAAUAGGUAGGCAUCUGGGAGAGUUGUUUUCCUCAUUGUCAUCUCCAUCUACUAAAUACAUAAUGCUCAAUGAUGUGAUAGACCUAUGCCUUUCACCUCCAACCAAUCAGCUAGUUGCAAGUGAGCUUGUUCUUGUUACAAAACUUGCUAUUGCUUGUGCACAUGCCAAACCAAAGUCCAGGCCAACAAUGAAGACUAUCACUAAGGAAUUUCUUGGUCAAAGGAAACCAUUAACCAAACCAUUUCAUGAAAUUUCAUUGUCGCAAUUAUGGAACCAAUAAAUUUGUUUGGCAUGUGCAAAUUGUAGUAGUCAAUAAGGAGUUAAAAUCAACAGUGCUCAUAUUAUUGUUCUACACACUUGGACUUCAAGUCAAAUAUAAAAAUAAUUGUAUUAUCAA